AUGUUGCUUACUCUUUUCGUCGGAUCGAUAGGAAUAGUGCUGCUGUACUUGGGACCCAAGCUAAGGAGGUUUAGUAACAACUACCAGGCAGCCCGCGCUACAGGGUUGCCCCUAAUCCUAUGCCCUUACAAUCCAGAUAGUGGAAUAUGGGCCUUCCUCUGUGUUCCCCUCCGGCCUGUGCUCCUUCGAAUCCUCCCCACUGCUCUAUUCGCCACUGUCGAACUUAGCAUCUGGUGCUGGGAAUUUCGUGACAAGUAUGCCAUCCACGAAAGGCUUGGGCCUGCCUUUAUCUAUGUCACCAUGGGAAACAACCGUCUCAUCUGUGCAGACCCGGCAAUGGCUACCGAUAUCUUGUCUCGUAGGAAAGACUAUAGUCAUCCCAACAUUACGGUAACGUCCAUGGGUGUUCUGGGAGCCAACAUCAUGACGGCAAAAGGUGAUUCUUGGUCGCGACACCGUCGUAUUGUCGCUCCUGCUCUCAACGAACGCAUCAGCCCACACGUAUGGACAGAGGCUGCAGAACAAGCAUCAUCCCUUGCCGACGUUUUGUUAUCAUCAAACUCGACUCCUUCUGCACAAGAAUCCGUGAACACGCUUCACAGCCUUCACAAAGUCGCUCUAAACGUUUUGGUCCGCAUUGCCUAUGGUCGCAGGCAGCCCUUUUCUCUGUCUCCACCGCAAUCUGAUGAAUCAUCUGCGCAAAACAGAUACGUCGACGCCAUUGUAACCGUCGUUGAUCUCCUUGCUGCAGCCGCCUUUAUUCCACGCAGCUGCCUAACGCUACCUUUCAUGCCUCAGGCACUAAAACGACUAGGCGUCGCAAUGAAUGAGAUGCCAGAUCUUGUGAAGAAUGUGCUUGAUCGAGAACGUCAAGCAAAUCUCCUCGCACGGUCGAAUGCCGCAGAGGCGACAGAGAACCCAAAGAGUAAUUCAACUACCAUCAUGACCACGCUUGUUCGCAUAUCGGAUCAGGAAAAGGAGCAAAACAAGACUUCAGCUUCGUCCAAAACUAGCACCACGUAUCUCACAGAAGAAGAAAUUGCUGGAAAUCUCUUCGUCUUCACGGCUGCUGGUUACGAAACAACUGCAAACACAAUGGGUUACGCCGCUACUCUCCUCGCCGUAUAUCCAGAAUGGCAAACCUGGAUACAAGCUGAGAUCGAUGCUGUUUUCAAAACAUGCAGCCCGUCAGAGUCAGACUAUUCGAUAGUUUAUCCCAAGCUAGUACGGUGUUUAGCCGUCAUGCUCGAAACAGCCCGCCUUUUCCCCCCCGUAACCCUCAUGCUCCGCGACGCCACAACAUCCCAAACCCUAACCCUCGGCCCCCGCACCUUCACCCUCACCAGCCCCUUCAGCGCCUACAUCAACACAAUCGCCCUACACACCCUCCCUUCAACCUGGGGCCCAGACUCCCUCGCCUUCAACCCCGCCCGCUGGCUCGACCCCAACGCUCCCGAGCCCACUCUGAUCACACCGCCCCCCGGCACAUACAUGCCGUGGUCCAUCGGUCCCCGCUCGUGCCCUGGGAUGAAGAUGUCGCAGGUGGAAUUUGUGGCGGUGGUGGCCACGCUGUUUCGACGCUGCAGUGCGAGACCGAUAAGGAAAGAGGGGGAGAGUGAGGAGCUGGCGAGAAAAAGGUUGGUGGGGUUGAUGGAGGAUAGUCAGAAUGUAUUAACACUUAGGAUGACGAGGGAGGAGGAGGUGGGGAUUGAGUGGGUUGAACGGAGGGCGGGUUAG